AUGCCUUCUGCUCACCAUCCCCACCAUCCCCACCCCACCACACCACUACCAUCUGAUUGGAGCCUUAACAUCACCGACCCCGUUCAGACCGCCUCCCUUCUCCAUGCCCUCUCCCUUCACCGUUCCCACCCCACCACCCACCCCACCACCAUCCCCACUCCACCACCAUCCCCACCCCACCACCAUCCCCACCCCAUCACCAUCCCCACCCCACCACCGUCCCCACCCCACCACCAUCCCCACCCCACCACCAUCCCCACCCCACCACCAUCCCCACCCCACCACCCCACCAUUCCCACCAUUCCCACCAUUCCCACCACCCCACCACCCCACCACCCCACCAUCCCCACCCCGCCACCCCACUGUCAGGUGGUGGACUACCGGUCCGACUGGCACCUUAACGUCACCGACCCCAUAGCAGGGAACUACUAUCCGAUAACGGUUGGAGCUUUCAUGAAAGACAAAGCAGCCCAGUUGUCGGUGCUUGUGGACCGGGCGGCAGGCGCUGCCAGGCUGGCAUCUGGCCAGAUGGACGUUAUGCUUCACAGCCAUGCUCAUGUUGCAAGCCAUGCUCAUGUUGCAAGCCAUGCUCAUGUUGCAGCCAUGCUCAUGUUGCAAGCCAUGCUCAUGUUGCAAGCCAUGCUCAUGUUGCAAGCCAUGCUCAUGCUGCAAGCCAUGCUCAUGUUGCAAGCCAUGCUUAUGCUGCAAGCCAUGCUCAUGUUGCAAGCCAUGCUCAUGCUGCAAGCCAUGCUCAUGUUGCAAGCCAUGAAGCUGGCAUCGCUGGACGACAAGGGCGUGGGGGAGGCACUGGAGGAGAGGAUCACACUGGGCAACAAGACCCGCUUCCUCACCACCUUUCCAUCUCUCCCACCCUACAACAACCGUCUCUCCCACCCUGCAACAACCGUCUCUCCCACCCUGCAACAACCGUCUCUCCCACCCUGCAACAACCGUCUCUCCCACCCUGCAACAACCGUCUCUCCCACCCUGCAACAACCGUCUCUCCCACCCUGCAACAACCGUCUCUCCCACCCUGCAACAACGGUCUCUCCCACCCUGCAACAACCGUCUCUCCCACCCUGCAAAAACCGUCUCUCCCACCCUGCAACAACCGUCUCUCCCACCAUGCAACAACCGUCUCUCCCACCCUGCAACAACGGUCUCUCCCACCCUGCAACAACCGUCUCUCCCACCCUGCAACAACCGUCUCUCCCACCCUGCAACAACCGUCUCUCCCACCCUGCAACAACCACUCUGAAGAAAGUGCAGGGGAGCAAUGGGGGCAAGGGGGGGAUUGUCUAUGGUUGGGGCGGGGCAGCGAGUGGAGGAGGGAGCAUGCCCAACGGCUCCUAA